AUGAUCGCCUUUCUCCUAGCCUUGGUCUUGGAAGAUGUCGAGAAACCCUAUGGCGGAUGGCGAUGGGUCAUCGCGGCACAGAUCGUCCCUGGCAUCAUGCUGGUGAUUGGCGGCAUCUUCAUGCCUGGCUCGCCUCGCUAUUUGGUACAACAAGGCAAGCCUCGGCAGGCGCUGAGGUGUUUGUUGUUGCUGCGCAGCGAGGAUGUGCGUGAAGAGCUGGCGGAGAUUUGCCAAGAGCAUGAGAUGGACUCGACCACGAAGGGCACCUGGGUCGAGUUUUGCUCCGGCGACAACUUGAAACUGCUGGGCAUUGGCGUCAGCAUCCAACUCUUACAGCAACUCUGUGGCAUAAACGCCUUCAUGUACGACGGCCCUUUGAUCUUCGACAAACUCUUCGGCAAUGAACACGCUGGGCACCUUUUUACCCUAGUCUCAGGUGUGGUCAUCAUCUUCGCCACCAUCCCUGGACUUUUCUUGGUGGACAAGUGCGGCCGAACGGUGUUGAUGAAGUGGUCCGCCGCUGGAAUGAUGUUUUGCUCCGGUGUCCUUGCGUCCAUUGGAGACCUGUGCUUCGAGGACGACAUCGGAACUUGUGGUCCUUGGGCCAAGUGGACAGCCACGCUGGCCAUUUGCGGUUUCACUGUGAACUUUGCAUACGGCUGGGGCCCCAUGGCAUGGGUCUACUGUGCCGAGAUGUUUCCGCAGAAGCACCGGACCAAGGGGGUGGCGGCCACCACCGAUGCCAACUGGGUGGGCAACAUUUUGAUUGCCUUCCUGCCACCGUUGAUGUUUGCCAACUGGGGCUUCAACAUGUUUUGGGUCUUCGUUGGCACCAACUGUCUCUGCCUCUUCUGCGCCAUGUCUUUGCCAGAGACCAAGGACAAGAGCUUAGAGGAGAUUACCUUGAUGUUCAACCACUGGUUCCACCCAGGCGAGUGCAAGGCCACCGAAGACGCCGACGUGGAUUCGGUGCAUCCGUAG